CGCCCAUCCGAGCCGCUGGGCGUCCAGCGGGGCGAGCGGAGCCGCUGUCAGGAGUUGCGAAAACAACCGGAUCGCAGACGGUUCCCGUGUUUUUGCGCUCCUCUGCCAUCGUUAUGCUCAUUUAGCUUAUUUCCCGUCGCCUUCCCACCUGUCCGCGCUGCUCUUUACCCCAACUAGUAAUUCAAAAGCCACAUUGACCAAGAAGAACCGUAUUUUUUAUGUUACUUAGUUGUAAUAAGUUGUAAGUUUAGUUUACAGAUAUGUCAGGGAAUCCCGUGUUUGUCAGUCACUUUCACAGACCGCAGUGUUUGGCGGCUGCCGCUCCGGGAGAGAAAGCAAAAUUAACUCAUCCGGGUAAAGCGAUCUUAGCGGGUGGAAUCGCUGGAGGCAUCGAGAUCUGCAUCACCUUCCCUACAGAGUACGUGAAGACGCAGCUGCAGCUGGAUGAGAAGGCCAACCCUCCCCGCUACAAGGGCAUCGGGGACUGUGUGAAGCAAACGGUUCAGGGCCAUGGCGUUAAGGGGCUGUACAGAGGCCUCAGCUCGCUGCUCUAUGGCUCCAUUCCCAAGGCUGCUGUCAGGUUCGGGAUGUUCGAGUUUCUCAGCAACCAGAUGCGAGACGAAGCGGGGAAACUGGACAGCACGCAGGGGCUGAUUUGCGGGCUGGGGGCCGGUGUGGCUGAGGCCGUGGUGGUGGUCUGUCCCAUGGAGACCGUGAAGGUUAAAUUUAUACAUGAUCAAACCUCUGCUAAUCCUAAGUAUAGAGGAUUUUUCCAUGGGGUGAGAGAAAUCGUCAGAACUCAAGGCCUCCGGGGAACUUAUCAGGGCCUCACAGCAACAGUGUUGAAACAGGGAUCCAAUCAGGCGAUUCGCUUUUUUGUUAUGACCUCUUUGAAAAACUGGUACAAAGGUGAUAACCCCAACAAGGCCAUCAACCCAGUUGUGACAGGGGCAUUCGGCGCUAUUGCCGGGGCUGCCAGUGUUUUUGGCAACACCCCCUUGGACGUCAUCAAAACCAGGAUGCAGGGUCUAGAAGCCCACAAGUAUAAAAGCACUGUGGAUUGUGCUGUGAAGAUCAUGAGGCAUGAAGGCCCAGCUGCCUUCUACAAGGGGACAAUUCCCCGCCUAGGUCGCGUGUGCCUUGACGUUGCCAUCGUGUUUAUCAUCUACGAGGAGGUGGUGAAGGUGCUGAACAAGGUGUGGAAGACGGAGUGAGGGGGAGCCCCGCUGACCCCACCCGGGGGGCCCUGGGUGGGGCAUCUGGCGCUAGCAGUGUGGCAGAUUAAAAACAACUAAUUACUACAUAUGCCGUUGGCAGAGGUGACAGCCUGCGCCAUACAGACACUCAGCGUGGAAAAAGCUAAUGUACCUAAUUUUGAUGACACUUCUAAAGUGGAACCUUGUGUCAAAUAGAACGGUGUCGCAGUUUUGCUGCAUUUACUGUCGCAGUGUUUCCUCCAGCAAAGGCAGAGACGCAGUCUGUGCACUGGUGGUCAUCACUAAACUGUGGGUCCAAUGAUUCAUUUAAUUUUGUGACCAAGAUUCUGUGUAAUAGUCUGUUCUAAGGUUAGAAUUUUUUUUUUAAUUUUUAGGUUCCUGAAAUAAUUUCUACCAAGCGGCUCAUAACAAAGAUAACUGUAAAUGGUACUUUCAGUGGACAAUGAACACGUUACAGACAAGUUAAAAGACAGUCCAGUAAAGCUGUACUUUAAAGUCUAAAACUCACCACUGCACCACAUGAGAGGUUUAUUAAUUGCCAAUUAAAAAUGCCCUCAAGCCAAACUGCAGGCGGCUGUCAACUGAUUAGGCUGUCAUGUCCUCCGCAUCCGGCCUGGAAUUAUAGCCAGGACCAAAGUCUGGUUCAAAAUGCUAAUCCUGCUAAUGAGCAUCGGAAGAAGCAAACGAUGUCUCGCUCAUCUUUGCUGUUACUUUGUGUAUUUAUUGUACUGGAAUGAUUUUAGCUCUCCUUCGGAAACAUUUGCAACUUUACAUGUGAGGUUAAGCUGCAGUUCACUGGCAGCAGGUGGAAUUUAGCUACCGCUGUGAAUUUUAAUGAUUGUGAGAACAGAGCCAAAAAGAAAAAGUAAAAUAUUCCUUACCUGUCAUUUAGUUUUGUGCACAGGACUGACUACAUGAUGCAUUAUAAUUAUCCUGAUGGCCCCCAGUAGCUCCAGUGUAAUAUCCACUGUUGGCUUAAGGCCAAAAGAAAAAAUAAGACUUUGAACACCCAUUACCUUAAUUUUUUAUGCUUUUACUGAAACACCAAAAACGUCACAUCAUGCCUUUUCGUUUGUCUUUAUCGGAGCAUCUUUAGCUUUACAGAUGUGCCUCAUAUCUGGAUUGAUAGAUAUUAUUUAUUUUUAUGAAAAUAAUGUAUAUCCUUCAGUCUCGUUCUACCUCUGUGCUCCUCCAAAUAUCUUAACUUGCCUAACAUGAAGAUCGCACCAUUUCUCUGUGUUAAUGAGUCCUGCCUAUUCCCAGUCUUAAUUCCAAUUACCAUACUUUCAGUGGAAUGGAACACAUUUUGUAUUCGACCAAAUUGUGUGUAUGUGUGUGUGUGUGUAUGUAUAUAUAUAUAUAUAUAUAUAUAUAUAUAUAUAUACACACACACACACAUAUACAUAUAUAUAUAUAUAUAAAGUAUAUAGUGAAUAAAUACAUAUGUGUGUGAGUAACAAAAAGUACUAUUACUUAAAUCGGUUUGUGACAUCAUUCAUAACUAAUGAAUACGUCAAAUGGAGAUUUUUUCCUUGACUAAUGUAAUAACUCGUUUUAGUGCCCAUUUUUGUGUAAAAGAAAAAGUACCACUUUCAGAAAACUUGGUGAAAAAUAUGACAAUAAAAUUUCUUCCUGUUGGUGAAAGUUCAUUUCCGUGAUGCUGGGGUACUGAACCCAUACAAGAAUUAUAUAUUUAUAUAUAAGGUUCCAGCAAUAUUGCAGUAAUGUCACAGUUACCGGAACGUUGUGUAGCAGCUGAGAGGUAACACCCUCACUUUCUGGGUGACUGAUGUUGCUGCAUGUACCUGCGUUUGAGCACUGAGCCUCUGCGACUGCUCGUAUUACCUGCUGAUGAUGGAUCGAUCUGCUCUAAUCCCUGUUAGAAAGGCAUGUCACAGCUAGCCGUACAUUCCAAGUAUGGGGUCUGCAAUGAAGCUGUAACAAUGUGGGAACAAUGGACUGAUACUGAUAAGGUUAUUCCUGCAGCAAGUUCAAGCUGCGAAGCUUGAUUUGUUUCUCAGCUCAUAAUUACCCCUAAUCCUCAGCUGUGCUAGCCUCCUAUACCCUCCCACCCCGCCCCCACCUGGCCACAACCACCAUGUUACUGUCCAGUAGGUGGCAAGGAGGCAUUAUGAGCUGUUAGACAGCAACACUAUAGGACCAGGUUUUUCAUGGCGGGGGGGGGAGAUCAAAAACAAUGUUUUCCCAAGUGCCCAUUCUGUAGCAUUCUCUUAUAAUGCCCAAAUUCCCAUGAUGCUUUGCUAGUGUGGCGUGUACGUAAACUGAAGUCAAGUUAGUGUCUGACCUGUCAGCUGACCUCAAAGACAAACAUUUCCGCAGCUUCAGUGGGUGACCUUCCAAGCACCUAGCAACUGUCGCUUGAGCAGUAUCUGCUGUUAUUUUCUUGAUUGUCGAAUGUAGACUCCUGUUGACUGUUCAGUUUUACUGCCUAAGGUGGGUGUCAAAAGUGUCGUGUCUUUACUUAUGUGCCAUAGAAGGUAUGUCAUGCAAAUGGAUCUAUAAACUGUGUGAGGAAAAAUCAGUAGUAAGAAUAAGAAUGCUAAUAAUGUCUGGUGUAUGGAUAUAGUGACUGUCCUUGAGCGUUGUAGACUGUCUGCGUUGUGAGCGUUGUAGACUUCUCGUGUGACCAUUACCUUGCAAUGUGCCAAACAGUGUGCCUAUAUCCGUUUAGAGUAUAUUUAUGAACAUCGGUGUCAAAUGUCCUCUUAAUAAAUUAUGAAAUCUGAAAAAUCUGAAA